AUGCCGGCCGGCCCGCCGGUCGGCCGACGCUGCUUGGUUCGUCGAUGGUGCUUCAAGCACGCAGCACUCAGAUGCGAUGGCGACGGCAUAGCCGGAAUUUUUGAAAAACCUCCUCAAGGGCUGCGAGACAAGCGUCAGACCGACGCCAGAGGCAAGAACUGCACACCAAAGACAACAGUGGCAAUGAACAUCAAACGUUGUCCCAUCACCGUCAUCGAAGCAGCGUCGUUCUUGUGUCGCGAGGCUCGAGGGUCGGUCGAAACGAGUACGGUGACCUUGUGCAGUCUGAUCGUCGACUCAUUAGCUAGUUCUCUCUUCCACGCGGUGAUGUUUUUUGCAUAUUUUGAGGUGUUGCAGAAUGUUUUACUCGUUCCACGUAAACGGCCAGUCACGAUGAUCAGUAUGUUGUUGACCACUGUGCUGGUCGAUGAAGAGAUCUUCGGCGACGAUCGUCCGCCUUGUCAGCCAGCUUCCGCAUUUGUCGUCUCUGCCUCGGACCUACCGACCGGCCCUCCCAGCUACUUUCAUUCAUUCAUUCAUUCGCUGGUCGUCCGUCAGCUGUUCAGCUGUCUGUGA